UUUCAAUGUCCCCAACUGCAAAAACGCACUCAUCUCUCCUCUAAUUGGUUCCUCCCUUGCCAUUGCCAACUCGUGGGCCGCUGUCUCUCCAUUCUUAUGAAAAGAUUUUAAAGACCCUUCCUUCUUUCUUUUUAUAUUUCCUGUAUAUAAAAUCCCAAUUACAAAAAUUAUUCAUUCCUUUGUCUACUACGCAUUUUUCGCUCGUUUAUAUAUAUCACGCAACCUAUCCGACAAGCGACAAGUAUCCAUACGAGCAUCUUCAACUCUCUCUCUCUCUCUCUCUCUCUCUCUCUCAAUACUGCCCGUAUUUGUUUAGAUUAAGUUGGAAUUUAUUCCUUCUUUUCGGUUAUUCUUGAGCACUUCACUUGCUUGUUUUCUUUGAAGUUCAACAGUAAAAGCUAAAAAGCGAAAAAGAAGACCUCGGUUUACGAACUGAGUCUUGGCCAGAUCUUGGAUUAGAGCCACAGAUUCUGCUCAAUUCAUUUUGACUUUGGAGGUACAUUUUUCUUGGCGUGAUAAUGGAUUCCCCUCAAUCUGUUGUAUCACCAUUCAAGAGUUCUAUUGUUGCUGAACCAGAAUUUGAUUGUGCAGUUCGGACCUCUGGUAGUUUGUCCAAGGGAAUUGAGGUCCAGAGAAAGGAAGCCAUGGUCGGCAGCUUGCAGGAUUUCAUUGGCAUUCUUGAGGUCUACGUACAUCAGGCUAGGGACAUCCAUAACAUAUGUAUUUACCACAAGCAAGAUGUUUAUGCUAAGUUUUGCCUGACCAGUGAUCCUGAAAACACAGUAUCCACCAAAAUCAUCAAUGGUGGUGGGAGGAACCCAGUCUUCAAUGAUAAUCUGCGGCUCAAUGUUAGGACUAUUGAUUCUUCUCUUAAAUGUGAGAUAUUCAUGAUGAGCAGGGUGAGGAAUUAUCUGGAGGAUCAGUUGCUAGGGUUUGCCUUGGUGCCCCUGUCUGAUGUUCUAAUCAAGAAUGGGAAGCUGGAGAAAGAGUUCUCUCUUUCUUCAACUGAUUUAUUCCAUUCUCCUGCAGGGUUUGUUCAGUUAUCUCUAUCAUAUAAUGGAGCUUCACCCGAUGUCAUGGCAAUUCCUGCAAUGCCUGCUGCUUCAGCUACGGACGGAACUGUGCAGGAUGUAGAGAUACAGGAAUCACUCCCUACUGAAUUUGAUAAGAUUGAGUUUCCAGAUCCUAAAAUUGUGAAUGAAAACCAGAUGAUGGUUUCAGAGUAUAUUGGGAUCUCAUGUACCAGUGCGGGCUCUGAAACCUCUGAGAGUUUGGUCACGUCUGAUGCUGAGAAUCAUGUUAGUUCAGACAUUGGUGUUGAUGCCAUGGCAAGCUUCUUGGCUGCUACUGUGGAUGCCAUUAAAGUUUCUAAGCCUGAUUCUCCUCCUAGCAGUGUGUCAACAAAUGGGGUUUCUUCUCCUUCUGUUGCUGCAAGCUCUGAUACAUCUGAUGCUCCAGCUUCAAAACCACCAAGCCAGGAGCAUGACUCGGCUCAAAAAGAGAAAAAGGGUGGAGAUGGUGAGACUGAUUCCUCUGGUGGGGCACAAAGUGAGAAAAUUGCAAAGCCUGUUAUUUCAGUUAAUUUGGAACCAGAGCAGAAUGUGGUACAACAGGAUAUAGUAGAUAUGUACAUGAAGAGUAUGCAGCAAUUCACGGAGUCAUUGGCAAAGAUGAAGCUUCCAUUGGACAUUGAUAGUGGACCAACAAGUUCAGGAAGUUCAACUUCUGAUCAGAAAGUGCAGUCGUCAAAGAACAGUGGCUCCCGCGUGUUUUAUGGGAGUAGGGCUUUCUUCUGAGCGUUAGUUCUACUGGUUCAGAGGAAAGCACACAGUUGACUUGAGAUUUUACCACGGAGACUAAUACUAAUGGUGAAAUGUAAUAAUGAAUCAUGUAGUGUGGUGUUUUCCUUUUUUUAUGUUGAGAUGUCUAGAUGAGUUAGGACGGGAAAUCAUGACUUUGUAUGUGUUAUCAUCAACUUUGUUUUAUAACAACUGCUGUUAGUGUA